UCUGGGAAAGUUCUAUAAAACUGGCAUAUACCGGGCUUAAACCCAGAGAGCAACCAGACUUUCAACUGAAUAUAUUAAUCCAGCAAAAUGCUCUUCGUGUUAUCCAUCCUCUCAUGGCUAAUGUGCCAAGUUGUGCUAUCUCCUGUGCCACAAAAUGGAAUAUUUCAAUACAUUAAUGAUCACCAGGAUGAAUAUGUUCAGCGAUUGAAGGACUGGGUGGCCGUAGAAAGUGACUCUAGUGAUCCAGAAAAAAGAGACUUGGUUAACCAUAUGAUGCAGCUCACUAAGGACUUCAUUGUCAAGCUUGGUGGAAAGGUCGAGAUGGCUGAACUUGGAGAGCAAGAGCAUCCGUCAGGGAAGAAAAUCAUUUUGCCUCCAGUUAUUCUUGCAGAGAUUGGGAAUGACCCAAACAAACCUACUGUCUGUUUUUAUGGACACGUAGAUGUUCAAUCUGCAAAGAAAGAAGAUGGGUGGCUAACAGAGCCAUACAGUGUUGUAGAGAAAGAUGGUAAUCUGUAUGGCAGAGGUACCUCCGAUGAUAAAGGACAAAUUCUGGCAUUAUUGCAUGCUGUGGAAGCAGUUAACACAAUUGGCCUUCCAGUAAAUGUGAAGUUCAUCAUUGAAGGAAUGGAAGAAGUAGGAUCCGAUGGACUCGACAAACUUGUUGAGGAUAAAAAGGAUACUUUUCUUUCCAAUGUAGACUACAUUGUAGUCACAGAUACUCCUUGGCUUAGCAAGAAACCUGGAAUCACUUAUGGAGCAAGAGGAAACUGUUACUUUACUUUAGAGGUGCAAGGCGCACGGAGAGAUCUUCAUUCUGGUGGCUUUGGAGGAACAGUUUAUGAAGCUAUGAGUGACUUGAUAUAUUUGCUUGACACCCUUGUAGAUGUCAAGGGUCACAUCUUGAUUCCAGGGAUUUAUGAUGCAGUAGCACCUUUAAAUGAAAAAGAAAUUAAGCUGUACAAAGAACUUGAAUUUAAUUUAAAAGACCUAGAAGCUGACACAGGCAUCAGCAAAUUUCUCCAUGACACAAAAGAAGAAUUACUACUAUAUAGAUGGCGCUAUCCCUCUUUGUCAAUUCAUGGAAUUGAAGGUGCUUUUUCUGGAACAGGAACAAAAACUGUAAUUCCUGCAAAAGUAAUUGGAAAGUUCUCUAUACGCCAAGUCCCCAAUAUGAAUCCAUCAGUUGUGGAAAAACAGGUUGCGGAUUACCUGCAAAGCAAAUUUGCCGAAAGGAAAAGUCCUAAUAAAAUUAAUGUAACGAUGGUAAUAGGUGCAAAACCAUGGCUAGCUGAUAUGAAUGAACCUCAGUAUUUGGCAGCCAGUAAAGCAGUAAAAAGAGUGUUCAAUACGGAUGCAGACAUGAUUCGAGCAGGAGGAACUAUCCCAAUUGCAAAGAACUUUGAGGAAGUGUUAGGCAAAAGUGUCAUGUUACUCGGGAUUGGUGGGCCAGAUGACGCUGCCCAUGGACAGAAUGAAAAGAUAAGCAAGUACAAUUACAUCGAAGGCACAAAGCUGUAUGCAACUUUUCUCCAAGAACUUGCAUCCAUAUGAACAAAUGGACUAGUAUAGAACCAAUAUAAAUUUGUUUAAAAAAACUGGCAAGUUAGUUAUCUGAAUCUCAACUUUAGAAGAAAAAAAAAAAAAGAUUUUCUUACACAGACUUUAAAUGUAUUUUUUAACACUUAUCUCACUCUGGGAACUUUUCAGUAUAUUGGAGGAGGCUGGUGUUCCACUUCUGACAACAAAGGAUGACUGCAGCCUGAAACUGUGGUUGUGCAUGAACUAGUUCUUACUGAAAUGAUUCAUAAACAUGCCCCAAAUUUUACUUUUUAAUAGAGUUUAGACCUAAUUGAUAAAGAUAAUAUUUUUUUUUACCAGCUGCUACUCGGUAAAAGGUAUAUUACAAAUUAUUUACAUUUAUGAUACUUUACAAUUUGCCUUGCGCAGUGUGGAAGCAAUAGAUUUUGUCACGUUUCCAAAAUAUAUAUAUUUUUUAAAAAGUCACCCUUUUCCGAGAAAGAUUCCACAGCUGAUAGUCGCACAGUAACUACCCUUUUUAUGUUAUGUGACUAAAACAGGAGGGAUAAUUAUUUGUCUGCCUGCUGCUUCUCAGAGCAGUUUAGCAAAGGGAAAAGUUGCCAGCCAAUGUUAAAUCCUUGGCAAUUAUAUAAUUCCCCUCACCUUCACAUAAGUAUGUCUAUAAGCAGUGUAAGCUGUGGCUAUAUUAGCUUCUAGUGUGAUCAUUAUAAAACAAUAGAAGAUUUGAUUGGUAUUAAAAAAGCAGUAAUUCAAGUUAUGUGAAUUUAUGCUGGUAUUAAAACACAAAUUCUUGGA